AGUCACGCCGAACCAGGAGGAGCUGAUUUGGGGUGUUGUGAAUCCGUGAAACCAAGAAAUCUUGAGUGGGAGUUGUCGGGCCGAUUUGUUGUGUUGUUUUUUUAUUUAUCUGCCGAUUCGCUCCGGUACCGAAGCGCCAAUCGCAGCCAUGCCCGGGAUAGAGAAGCUGCCGUUGGAGGAGACGUUGGAGGACAGCCCGCAGACGCGCUCUCUGCUGGGGGUGUUUGAGGAGGACACCCUGGCCAUGUCCAACUACUGCACACAGCUGUACCAGGCCAUGCAGAGGAUUUACGAUGCACAGAAUGAGCUGAGUGCAGCGACACACCUGACCUCCAGGCUGCUGAAAGAGUACGACAAACAGCGUUUUCCUCUAGGGGGCGACGAUGAGGUGAUGAGCUCUACCCUGCAGCAGUUUUCUAAGGUCAUUGAUGAGCUGAGCUCCUGUCACGCUGUCCUGUCCACCCAGCUGGCCGACGCCAUGAUGUUCCCCAUCACUCAGUUCAAAGAGCGAGACCUGAAGGAGAUCCUCACGCUGAAAGAAGUCUUCCAGAUAUCCAGCGACGAUCACGACACAGCCAUCAACAGAUACAGCCGCCUGUCUAAGAGGAAGGACAACGACAAGGUGAGAGCGGAGGUGGUGGAGGACGUCUACACCUCACGCAAGAAGCAGCACCAGACCAUGAUGCACUACUUCUGUGCCCUGAACACGCUGCAGUACAAGAAGAAGACGGCCCUGCUGGAGCCGCUGCUGGGCUACAUGCAGGCUCAGAUCAGCUUCUUUAAGCUGGGCUCUGAAAACCUCACCCAGCAGUGGGAGGACUUCCUGGGAACUAUAGGCACCAGCGUCCAGAACGUACGGCGGGAGAUGGAGGAGGAGGUGGGGCAGAUGCAGCAGACCAUCCAGGACAUGGAAAGGUCAUGUGACCCUCUGUAUGCGCCAUGUGACCCUGACCCCGCCCACUCGCCCGUGUGUCGCAAUCUCACCAGGAAGCAAGGCUACCUUCACAUCCGCAACAAGACGGGCCUCGUGUCGUCGUCCUGGGAGCGGCAGUACUUCUUCACGCAGGGAGGAAACCUGAUGCAGCAGGGCCGCGGCGAGGUGGCCGGCGGUCUGGUCACGGACCUCGACAACUGCUCCGUCAUGGCCGUAGACUCCGAUGACCGUCGGUUCUGCUUUCAGGUCACCUCCUUCGACGGCAAAAAAGUCGUGACGCUGCAGGCGGAGAGCAGGAAGGAUUGUGAAGAGUGGAUUGCGACCAUCAACAACAUCUCCAGGAGGAUCUACCUGAGCGAAAAUGCAGAGGAGCUGGCAGCCAGAGUGAACCAAACAGCCAUGGAAGCCGUGACGCCAUCGCCUUCGUUCCAGCAGAGACACGAGAGCAUGAGGCCCAGCAGUAAGGGCCGGACGGGCCGAGCGAGCAGCAUCAGCUCUGUUGGUUCUGAGCCUUCUCCUGCCCUGUCCGUCCUCUCGUUGGACGCUCUGGUUGCUCCGGACACGCCCAUCCAGUUCGACAUCAUCUCCCCCGUCACGGAGGAGAACUCGGGUCAGAGCAAGACGGCAGCGCAGCCCGGCAGAAGGAGUAAUCCGUUUGGAGAGUCGGGAAAUAACUCACCGGAGGACAGUGAAGACUCGAUCCUCCACCAGCUGUUUAUCGUCCGGUUCCUCGGGUCGAUGGAGGUGAGGACGGCCGAGUCGGCAGACGUCAUCUCUGAGACCAUGAGGCAGAUCUUAGCCGCCAGAGCCAUCCACAACAUCUUCAGGAUGACCGAGUCCCACCUGCUCGUCACCUGCGACUGCCUCAAACUCAUUGAUCCCCAGACGCAGGUCACUCGGCUGAGGUUCCCGCUGUCCGCCGUCGUCCAGUGCUCGCCCCACCAGGACAACAAGAGGCUGUUCGGCUUCGUUCUGCAGGCGGCGGCCGGCCGAGGCGACACCCGAGUCGUGUGCUACGUCUUCGAGUCCAACAACGACGGCGAGAAGAUCUGCGACAGCGUCGGUUUGGCCAAGCAGAUAGCGUUCCACUCAGAGAUGGACCGUAAGGAGGUGGAGAAGAAGAAGGAGCAGGACAAGGCCAAAGAGAAACAGCAGGAGGAGCUCCACAAGCAGAGACAGAUUGAAAAGGAUUUAGAGGAACAGAGUCGCUUGAUCGCCGCCUCGAGUCGCCCCGGCAACCAGCCGGCCGCCGACGGACAGUUUCUGGUGCUCAGCAGCAGCCAAUCAGAGGAGGGCGAGGCUGGGGACGAGGGGAAGAGGCGGGGGGAGUCGGAAGCCUGACGACGGCCGGUGGAUGCACGCUUUUUUUUUUUUUUUUCUUUUUUUUUUUUGGGCUCCCAGGUGAUUCCCGGCUGGCGUUUCGGAGAAAGCAGCUCCGGAAACGAACGACUCGGCUCGCUGGGACCGAAAAAGACGACAAAGCGUUUCCUCUGCUGGACUGAAACCGAACGCACAGCUCCACGUAAGAGGAGACGGCGGGGGAAACAGGAAACGGUUUUUAUUUUGGUGCAACAAAAAAACAAUAAUGAACUGCUUUUAUAUCUGCUCCACAUUUAGAUCACCUGUAAGUUUCUGUUUUUAAUACUUGUUUUUUUUUUUUUUUUUUUGUUUUUUAGAAGAGCUAACGGUGGAGUUUAAAACAAACGGGAGGUAAAACCAGGACGCCUCAACACAAACGUUCCUGUUCUUAAAAAAAAAAAAAAA